AUGGAAAACCCCUGGAGGAGGAAGAGGAGGACGCAGGCGGUGAGAUGGAAGCUGCUGAAGAGCUCGUUGCUGCUUUGUUUAUUCACUGGUAAGCUUUCAGUCUAUUGUUAAAAGCACUUUUCCCUGUUUAAGCUCUUAAAUGACUAGAUGUUAUGUCUUUUUUUUCAUGUUUGACCUGGAUGUGGAUCUUUAAACGGUGAAAUUUUGCAGGUAAACUUGCUUGGAUCAUGUAAACAGCAAAUAAAACUCACUGAUAUUCACUUUAUUUCAAACCUUGUUGUAUUAACGCUCAAUUCAAGUUUAAUUUCCUUCAAACUGAGCACCCAAACUCCUGUAAACCCUCAUAUCAGCAGUACAGUUCUGUGGAUAAGAGGCUAGGGAAACUACAAAUUAGUUGCUGGAUGUGGUGUGUGUGUCUGUGUGUGAAAACUGGUGGGGUUUAGUAGUUGGGGGUGAGAGGACAUGGUUGCUAUUGUCUCCCAGCGUGUGGAGAGACAGGAGCCAGGACCUCUGUGGACCACCCAGACAGAGCAACACCAGAAGUCUUGCUGCUGCUGGGACCUCCUGGAGGCAUUCACAUAUGCAGGGGGGGGGUGUAGUGUUUAAUUAAAAAGGUGGGCAGACUAUGACCUCUGUAAUGACACACACAUCCGUCAAAACUUUAAAAGCAUGUUUUUUUGUUAUUUAAGUACACUGGAGUGAGAUUGUGAUGACAUUUCUGGUGAGAAAUGGUGUGCACAAUCCAUUUUUCCUGCAAGUUUUGUGGGUAAGCAUCCUCCAGCAGUAAUUAGAAGAAAGGCGCUCUGCUUUUUUUUCUGAAAUUUUCUCAUGAACCCAUGUCUGGAAAUCUGCUCACAUGCCUCCAGGCGCACAUCAUUUGAGCAUGAGUGAUAGCUGAGAGAAAGCAGAACUUGCUCAGAGCUUUUUUUUUUUUUUAACUUUGUUUUGUACUUUGGAGACUCCAAAACCUUCUCAAUGACCAACAAACUCAGGAGGGGAAAGCCCUUCAGAUAACAGAGCGUCAUGCGGUAGCAGCAGCAGGUUGAGGCGAGUACACAGAGCGGAGCAGCUGUGUGUACAAUUCUUUUGAAUCCGGAGGCUUUGUGCGGGAAAUGAAGGUUGAACGUCUGGAAGGAUGACAUUAAUCAUGUGCACAAAAGUGUGUAAUUUAUCCUGCAAACCUCAUUUUAGCACCUGACAUGAAUGAACAUGUUGGAUGUACAGUUAAUAUGCCUGAUCGUGGAUGGUGUCUGUAUCUAUUUGCCCCCAAAACAACCAAAUGUCAGUCACACUUCGAUCAGUUUUAAUUAAACAUGCACCGAUUGGCGAUUUUGGGGGAUCAGUGAUCGGUAAAUCCUUACACAUAAAACUGAUUUUAACCACCGAUCUAAUCUACCUCAGCAAAGGUCUGAAAGUCAGCUGUUGUAGCUUUUUUCUUUGCAAGAAUGACAGGCCCGCCAGUUUAGUUUGUCCUCUAGAUUAUUUUUUUACUAACUUCCUCAAACCUUGUGAUUUCAUUUAUUUGUAAAAGCAAAAUAUUCUUGUGCAUUUUAUUUUGGUAAGAGGCACAAAACAGGCCUGCAGUGUGACCUGUUGUGCAAGUAUUUUUAAUUUUUUAAAUGUGGAAAAUAAAAGACUAAAGGAAUUGAUAUAAUUUAGUAGUUUUGACAGCGAUAUUCUAAACCUUUCAUUUAUAUUUGAGAGAACUACCUCAUGUGCAGCUAAAACAAACACAAAAAUAAAAUAAGAUUGGAGCAUCAAAGGUGUUUGUUGUCAGUUAGAACACACAAAAAAGGUAUCGGCCAAAAUCGGUAUUGGCAAGUCAAGUUUUUUAAAGAUCUGUGAUCGUCCAGAAAAUUGUGACUGGUGCACCCCUAGGCUGACUCUGGUUCUACUUCAGGUUUCUGCUCAUUCAAGGGAAGAUUUUGCUCAUGAUGGACCAAACUGGGUCUCUGCAUACAUUUGUUUACAAUCCUUGUUAGUAUUGUAAUUCCUGCACUUUACCUCAGUUGUUAAGAGAUCAAUUACUGUCCUGGUUUCUUGUUGGUUUUUUUUUCUUGGACAUGCUUUUGUUGCUGCAACACUUCAACAGGUGGCUGCUGUUCGGGGUCACACUCUGGUGCCUUCUCUCCUGGAGGGCUCGCCAAAUUUGUAUUGGUGUUUCCCCGAUUCUGCAUUCACAAACAACAGUCCGCUCUCCCUUCAGACAGCUUAAAGGGAUAUUCCUGUGUAAAAUUAAUUUAGGGCUGCUGGAAGAGAGUAGGUGAGUUGUGUUCAAUCUCUUUGCUAAAGAAAUUAGGCAAAGUUAAGAAGAUGUUUGGUUGCUAGUGCUAUGGCUAGGACCCUUUAUGUACUGUUGAUGAAGUUAGGUGCUGUUCUGAGUAUUAUUUGUGGCUAUAGAGUGGCGUUUUGGUCGAGGUUCAUUUAUGGCCCCUCAGACCGCUGUGUAUUGCUAUCGUGCGGUAGUUUCUAAAGUUGGUAUAACAAGAGAAGCAAGUGGUUGGCAACAUUGAUCUCUCAAGGUGUCAGUUAGUACAGCCUCUCUUUAUCACAGCAUCCCCAACUGCUCAGAUCACCACAUGGGUAAGGGGGUUUUGAACUCAGAGGCUGCAGAUGACCCACAGAGGCUGAAUUUAUGAUGUUUAAAUUAAAAAUAUCAUCAUGCGGGUGUUUUAAUGUUGGAUUUAUUUUGACAUUCUGGGUGUUGUAUCAAACAAACUCAUAAAAAUGGCUGCACUAUGUUAAGAAAAGUGCUGGUUUUCAGGUUAUGUUGUAGAAACAUCUGUUGGACUCGGCCAGUUCUCAGCCUGCAGUUUGAUUCAGCUGGUUGGCCAUGCGGCUGAUCUGCUGCUUCAGUAAGUUAACUCUGAACAUGGAAAACUAAGCCAAGCAUGCCUGUUGUUGACGAAAGGAAAUGCUGCGUAGCUGUUACAUGGCAACUGUGGCUUGUACGUCAUAGUUUUGGACUUAGAUAUAAUGAGAAAUGUAUUUUUUUGUAACCAUGGUCUGAAUUCAAGGACAGAAAACUUAAAGAAAGUCAAAGUUAAUGUCAAAUUGUGCCUUUAAACCCUCUUUCUCAAAGAUUUAAAACAACAACAACAAAGCUUCCUGUCGCUGCUGUAGGUGGUGACUUAUUUAAAUCCCCUGGUGGUUUUAUUUUGCUGCCUAAUCCAACGGAGAUUAAAAACCUUGAUUACAAUAAUACCAGCUAGCAGGGGUGGCAGGGUUUAUUGGAACAGAAGCAAAGGUCCCAGCGUGAGUGCAUUGCAGAGAUUUUUUUUUAUACCCCCUCACACACACUCUCCACAGGUAUUGAUCGCUUCUUUUUAAAAUAGGUAAGUGCCUUUCCAGGUCUCUGGUCUCAUAAUAAAUCGACUGUCUUCACACUUUUAAAUCGGUCUUUAAAGGUAUAAAUGGAGGCGUCUGGUCCGGGUUAUAUGCUGCUGUGAGGUUUUAUUAUAGGUUCAAGUCAGUUUUUCAUCUUGAAGGAGGUUGUAUAAGGUUUUUUGUAGAUCUUGACCCAACUUAAGAGCUUUUUGAGGGCUUUUUUCAUUGACUGACUUCCUUAAAUCAUGAAACACCCAAGUGCUUCCACUUAAACCUUUUUGUCCUCACAAUCCCUUUUCACAUGAGGCCACGGUCUUAAAUGUUGCUUUACAUUGUUCCACCAAAGAGCCCAGUGUUUUAUAUAAAGGGCUUUUCUUAAAGUUUUAUCGCUUGACUAAAUGUACGAGUGCAUUCUCAGCAUGUGUGUGUGUUUGUUUCAGGAGGCAGUGAAGCCCAGUGUGAAGGCUGUCUGGAGUAUUGCUGCGAUGGAUCUCCGCCUUUCUGCUGCUCUUACUACGCCUAUGUGGGGGAUGUCCUCUCGUAAGUUAACACAGACACACCAAGCGAGUUUGAUGACUUGAAUACGCCGAUAAUUUCUGCUUUUAUCAACCCAAAGAUAAAAUUUAAGAACCUUAAAAAUGCACCUUAAUUGAAAAUAUUGGGUUUCACAGGGGUUUUAGCCUGAAAUUUAGCCUGUUGGUGAAGAUUUUAUGAGCCUAUCAUAACUGAGAAAGAUUUUAAGAACUUACUUUUACAGUCUGAUAUUUCUAUAUUUUUUUUUCCUGAGCUCCCUGCCCACCCAUAAGCAAAUAUGGAAAGCCAGAGCUUGCAGGAGGAAGAGCACACCUUCCCUCCAUUUUACACCCAUGUAUUAUAAAAAGCCAGGGCAGGGACAGGAUACAGAACAGGGUAGACAUCAGUGAUAAUACCAAUGACACCAGUAAGAUCAGAGACAGCAUGAAAAGGAGGAGGUGGGAUGCAAAAAACACAGUCAAAGAAAAUAAUUAUUUGCAUGCCUCAACUUAAGUUAUAUUUUGUGGUUUAGUUCUUCAGUACAGACGAGAGCAGGUAUCCAUAACAAUAUAUAUGACACUAGUAAAGUCAAAUUAGGAUGCAAAAAAGGAUGGGUUGGGUUUGAGGCAGGUUGCAGAGGAAGCAGUGGAAAAAGGCAGGAUAAAGCAGUUUAAAUGAAAUGCACAUUUUGAUAUUUGCAUAGUAGAUGCAAAGAAGGUAAACAGAUGAGCUGCAACCUGAUAUUCACCAGUGUUCAGAUCAGUAGAUGCACUGAUGUUGACUUUGUGGCCUGCCUGGACUAACACUUCGCUCAUUUUUAAAAAGUGACAGUUCUUCAAGCGUAGAAAAUGACCACAAAUAAUUUGUUAAUCUUGUUGCUAAUGAUCUCAUUUUUCUAUUUUGGCAAGAAAGAGGCACCUCUGUUCAUUUAAACUCAUUUCAGGAGCUCUAAGACGAGUCAAAAUAAACAAACCCCACCCUACCUUGUCUGUAAACAGUAAUACUGCAUUGCAUUUAUACUAUUUUACACUGAAUCAAACUCUGUUAUUGUUUUCUCCGGGGCCUGAAACAAUCAAAAUUACAUACUGUGCCUUUAAAUGUACAGUUGUGCAGGGAGAAUCUUUGAAUUUUCAGCUGUAGGCUUGGUGCUGGUCUUGUUUUGGUUGGGAAAAUCAAAUAAGAAAGGACUCUAAUUGCAAUACCAGCUGUCUUCAAAAAAUCUGACCCUUGACCUCAAUUUGCUUUGACUCAGUGCAGCUGCUUCAACACUUUCACCCUGCUCUCAGACCUCUGCUCUUUUUUAGAUAUGUUUUUUUUUUUAAACUUGUAGAUGUCGCAUGUUUGAAUAUUCUUGUUGAUGACAUUUUGAAAAAGUCAAACUUUGCUGCCUGAUCGUGAAACCAGCUGGUGCUGAAUCUGACCUGCUGACUAACGCUGACUCUGAAGUCGUAACCAACCUCUUAAUGAUGACUGUUUGCCUAAUUCAAAGCGCCAGCUCACACACUCCUCUGCAGUGAACACACCACUGUGAACACACCACUGUCACGCUCACAGCUGAGUUACAUCAGAUGCUGCAGUCCAUCUCCAUGGCAGCUCCUGAGAAGUAUAUUGGUAGCAUGUCUGUUGAGACAGCUGCCUCCCCUCGCACUUGUCUGGGCAGCUCACAGUUUGUGUGUGUUUGUUUGUGUAUUUCAGGGGCACUGCGAUCUCUGGGAUCGUGUUCGGCGUGGUGUUUCUGAUGGGGGCGGUGGCGGCCUUGUUCCUGUGUGUGUGUAUGUGCAUGAAGAAUGGGAGGGGUGCGAGGGUUGGCGUUUUCAGCACCUCCUACAUCAACACUGUGACCCAGGGAUACCCAGGUGGGUCUAAAGGGGAAACGUGUUCUCUUUUAAAGAAGUAGAAAGGACUUUUCCCAACACAACUUGUGCCGGUCUAUCAAAACUGAAACAUUAACAAGUACUUGCUAUGACUUAUUGUUUUGUCUUAAUAGGGUAUCCAUUUGGCCCAGUGAUUAAAUCCUAUGUCCCUUAUUGAGGCUAUAAAGUGAGAUAUAAUUAACCACUUCAUGAUGGCCUUCAUUUGGCAGAUAAAUUUAAACAGGUAUAAAUCACUUAAUAAACACAGUUGCUUCUUAAGUCAGUAUUUACCGUGAAACUGAGACUCACUCAAAGCAGAGCUUCAAUGAACCAUCAAAUAACGGUUUAUUUCAAAGAUAAAUCUAAUGGGAUUAAUUCCCCUUCGCACUUGAUCCGAUUGCACAGCCACCUCUGAAGUUACUUCAUAUAUACUGUGAAGCUGAGAUACCAGUAAACCUUCACAGGCGCUAUCCUACAGGAUGUGAUGGAUCACAAAAUGACAUUUCUAUAGGGGUUAGUUUCCUGUAUUUAACAUGAACACACUGUUUUUAAUAAUAAUAAAAAUAAUAACAAUACAUUUUUUUACUUCACUUCACUUCAACUUUAUUAUGUCCCAAAAUGGGCAAAUCGGGUUGCAGCAGGCAUAAAAUACAUAUAAAACACUGCCAUUCAUCAUAAAAGAAAAUAAAUUAAAUAAAAUACAUUUACAUAAAAAAACAGUUCAGGAGGUAAAAAGCAUUAAAGACGAUUUAGAAGGUAAAAAAAAAAAGCGUAUGUCAGUCAUACCAGUAUUUUUGCAUGAGCAGAGUGCAUAAAAUGCAGAAACAAAGUGCAAUGUGCGGUGUGCUUACCAAUACAAUAUUACAUAAUAAUAAUAAUAAUAAUAAUAAUGUACACCAUCUAAUAUCAGAAGCAGUUAUCUCCUCCAGCAGGAAAGGAUUGAUAAGUGCCUUUCUGAACACUCGACGUCAUUGUACAAAAUAAGAACUGCAGAAUAAAACAAGAUAAAAACAAAUAGAGUAAAAAAUAGGACACUUAUCACUACUGCUCGGUAUUUACAGUGAAACUGAGACUGAGACGGGAACAGAUGAAUAGGUUGUACUCUGAGGCAUGUCAAGAACUAAGAGAGGACAUUGUUCAUUUUGAAGAUGCACCAGUGGGGGUACGUUUUUCUCCAAAUGUGAUCUGCACAUGUAAUUCUUCUCAAGAUAGUCAUUCACAGUGAAACUGAGACUCAACAGGAACAGAUUGACAGGCGCUGCUCUAUGGUGAACCACUGUGUGACGGACAUGUCUGUAGGAAUGUACUUCCCUUUGAAUUACCACAUAGUUGCUUAAUAUUUACAGUGAAACUGAGACUCAAAAGAAACAGAUUAACAGGCAUUUCUCCAGUACCUGGAAUGAACCAAUAAAUGACUUUAUUUUGCAGGUGAUAAAUUUGUCUUUACUUGUGAUGAGAAAAAAAAAUCCUUUUUGAGUUACUUGAUAUUUACAGUGAAACUGAGACACCAAAACAGACUGACAGGUAAUCACAUUAUCAUCAGUUCAUCACAGGUAACAACCCUAGAGUCUAUCUAAAAUACAAGCUAUGGUUUAUGUGGGAUAAAAAUGCCUGUUACCUUUGACUAUCCAAAAUAUCAAUGACAUGCACAAUAAUGAAUCUGUAUAAUCAGUCUAUAAGGUUCUAUUUUAAAGAUGACUGUGACUGAUAUAUGAAGUACAGGCGUCAGUGACAGGUUAAUGUAUCGUGACUAAAAAUGCAUCAGUUCCCACAUCACUCUCUGCCACGGUGUCACCUUAUCUCCCGCCCUCAGGCGUUCAGAUAUGAAAAGAAAACAAAAGUGAAUAGGUGUACUGUGUAAGGGGAUCUGCCUUGGCCUUUAGCACCAUUCCUAUCCAGACACAAAGAACAAGCUGCUCCUUUUCAACACAUAGAAGCUUCAGACCUUUUCUACUUCAGCAUGAGCUCUGCGUAGCUGCCUUCAAACACACUUAAACACACCUUGUACUUGCUAUCUCCUUCAUUUUUCACAUCUGUUACGUCCUGUUCCUGCUCAAAGGGAGGAAACCUGCGCCAGAGCUCCCACAUUGUACUUGGAGGUACAUCAUCUGCAAAUCAGUCGGUACUCUGACACUCUCCAGCCUGCAGGAAUGCUGUUUUUUUUUUUCUCAAUCUGGAGCUCAUCAUUUAUUUAUCACGUUUCAUUCUCCUCGGUGUAUCGCCGUCAUGCUACACCGGACUGGCACUGUUCGCUCUGCCCUGCAGCUCUGAUCAGGUUUCAUAAACACAACGCUCAGACACAGAAAGCCAUGCAAUAUGAAUGUAUUCACAUGGAGCUACAGUGGUAUGAAUUAUUUUCAUGUUUUGACAAAGGCUGAUCAGUAUUCUGUACUGUUAUUUUUCUACUACACGGUCGCAAAAUUGCAAACCCAGUUCCAGGAAAGCGGGGACGUUGAGUACAAAACAGAUUUUGGUUAUUUGCAAAACAUUUCAAGUCUGUAUUGACUCUGAAAGAGUGGAAAGAGAACAUAUCAGGUGUUGAGCUAUGAUGUUGUAACACCUGCAGAAUGUGGUUUUUUGUUGUCUCUACCAUCAAGGAUGCUGGCCCAUGGACUACACCCUCUUUACAAGCCUGGUCCCUUGACUCCUUCGUGCAAAGGCAUACAUGAUUUCGAAGAAGAAUGUCAAAUUUUGAUUUGUUAGACCAUGGGAGAGAUUUCCACCUCUUUAGUAGUCCAUCUUAACAUCUUAGAGAGGUCACCUUUUAUUUCUGGAUUUCUUCAUUAUGUAUGGUUUCUAUGAGGCACAGUUUUGACCUUGAUUUAUGGAUGCGGCGUCACAUUGCUCACAGAAAUGUGCUUUGGGGAUUUUUGAGCACAUGCAGUGAUUUCCACUGUAGAGUCAUGCCUGUUUUUAAUGCAGUACGACCUAAAGACCAAAAAACAGAAUCUCAAAAUUCUUUAACUGCUGAACUGUAACCUUGCAGUCCCUCACAAAGAGAUGAACUUUUUUCCAUUUUUGUUACAGAUGGGCUCAGCCUCUCCAGAUUACUCUUUAAUACCAAGUUAAUUUAGUGACCGGCUGCAAAUUAACCUCAUUAGUGGAGUCCCUUCAGAUGUUUCUAUUUAACAUUACAAAACUAUUUCAGAUUUUUUUUUUUGUCCUGGUAUCUCGUCCUUUUUUAAAAAAAACCUGAGGAGGACCAUGCGACAGUAUGGUCAAAUGUGAAUAAAUAUCAAAUUGCACAAAAUAAAGACCAUAAAAAACAUGUAAUUUUACUGCAUUCAGGCCACAUUAAUAAGAAACCCAGGAGGACCAUGACAUAAUGCGUUCCUUUCAAAAUAAGCUAUUUUUUCAAAAUAAAAGACAUGUCAAACAUUUGAUCUGCAUUAAAUAUUUACUUUUUAGACCAGCUGUUUGCAACCCAUCCAGAAUGUGUCUGCGACCCACUUUUGGGUCGGGACCCACCAGUUGAGAACCACUGCUCUACGGUGUUGUUCUUGAAAGUUCACCCUUUGUCUCUGCUGCUGUCAUCCCUCUAUGAAUAAUGUAAGUCUCAUUGGUGCCACUCAUGCAUUCUGGUCAACAAACCACAACUCUUUGGAUGGUGCAGUUUUUCAUUUUGACCACUAGAGGGUGCAGUCACCUCAUUGAAUGUCAUUAAUGGGGGCAAUAUUCAUCUUUUAAGUUUGCAUUUAUGGAGGAAGUUUCAGAGCUAAUAUCUUUUAAGUGCUUCGCUUUCUCUUCGCAGGUCCUCCACCUCCAUACACCUAUGACUACGAGAUGUACCCCCCUCCUUUGCACCCCCCACCUUACACCCCAACUCAGCCCCAGCCCGCCAACUACUCCCCACCUCCUCCUUAUCCUGGCUGCACCCGCAAGUGA